CUUUAGCAGAACCCUGGACCAACUCUAAUGAGCUGUGCUACUUUAGAACCUUGGGUGUUCGCUACCUUGUCAGGAAAUUUACAUUCCCUUUGGACCCGGUUCUCCUCGCCACGAUCGGCUCACGCCUUCUAUAGCUACCACUAGAGCACUAUAGGCAAUUACUCUGGCUCACCGAUCAGUAAGCUCUUGCCUCGACCGUUGUCUACAGGGGCGUCCGCUUGGCCGCAAGGCCUGCACCGCGCCCUUGGCUGGCAGGGCGACCAUGAUAUUGCGGUUAAGAAGUGCAGUUCCACUGCUUCAAACACUUAGUGGAUGGGCCGCAAAAACACCCGUCCCUCCAGUCCUCCGCCGCGCUGUGGUGUUGCAAGCUAGCCACGCUUCAACAGCCGCAAGUGGGGAUUCCGAUGGCAGUCACGACAAAGCAGACCAACUAGCUUCGGGAUCUCAGCCAGAGGCACCCAAGAAACGGGGAGGAUCGUCGCUUCCUAAGGCGACGGAAGUUGAAAAGCCGGCAGCAGGUGGACUUGCGGAGGCAGAUGCUUAUGGCGAAGCGGGCGACGCGGCUGACGCAACCAGGUCAGCACAGAGCAGUACGUCCAAACGCCGUAGCCGUAAGGCUACCACUGAAGCAGAUGAGCAGCAGCAGGAUCUUGUGCAGCCCGCCGCGCCGGCUAAACGAAGCAGGCGGAAGAAGGCGGACGCGCCGCCUGCGGACGCGGACGUCACAGAGGAGGGGUCCGCGGGCAGCAGCGCCACCGUAGCCGCGGCCCCUAAGAAGCGCAGCAGCAAGGCCGCCGCUAAGAAGACGGAAGAGGCUAGCUCCGAAGGAGAGCAAGAGGUGGAGUCGUACGACAUCCGAGGCCUGCCUUACGAGGAUUGCCUGGUCCUGCCGCGCAAGGCUGAGCAGGUCCUGAUCGCGCUCGGAGUACGCAGCCCGCUGGUCACUCCCGCCGCUGGCAACGCAGGCCCCAGCAGCAGCAGCAGUGGCAGCAGCAGCAGUAGCAGCCCUCCGAAGCCCGCCGACGCAGGCACCCCGCUUCGCAACGUGCACGAGCUGGCUCAGUACCUGGGCUGGCGCGAUGUGCGGGCGGUGGUGCCGCAGCUGCUGGUGGCGCAGUACCAGCGCUACCUGGGGGACUCGCCCGACUACCUGUACGACCUGCUGUGCCUAGACUUCGGCGAGCCCUUCCUGAGCAGCGACGUGGUGCGCUCCGCGGUGCUGGCCGCCACGCGCGCCGCCAAGAAGGGGCAUGAGGUGUCCGCCAAGGGCACUCCGCCCGAGGCGCUGCUGAAGGCCGCGUUGGAGAAGCUGGAGCAGCUGGCGGGCAGCGGCGCGCUGCAGGCGCAGGAGAAGGCGAAGCUGGGCCUCACGGCGGCGCAGGUGGAGCUGUUCCUGCUGGACUGGGCCUCGGCCAAGCUGGCGGGGCUGCAGCCUGGCGAGGAUAGCCAAGGCAUCCAGUACCUGGCCCGCCGCUGCGCCGCGCUGCAGCUGACCCGCCCGGUGGUGGUGGAGCGGCUGCACCGCUUCCUGCGCGGCGCCAGCCUGCAGGAACUAGCGGCCAGCACGGGGCGGGGCAGUAGCCGGGUGGUGAAGCUGACGCAGCCCAUGGAGGCGCUGGUGGAGGGGCUCAAGGCGGGCGUGCGCCUGGACCGGGAGAGGCUGCUGCAGGACUUCAGGCUGGGGCCAGGUGCGCCCAUGCACGGGCUGGUCCCGCAGCUGCAGGCCACCUUGGCCCGGGAGGAGGCGCGCGCCUCUGAGCCGGGGAGCUCCAUGUUCUACAGCAGUAUCGUGGACAAAAUUCGCGUCGCCAAGCCCUUCUCAGAGGCCAUUCCCGUACAGGAAAAGGUUUGGGCGAAGGAGCAGGGCGACGACGCGAGCAACUACACAUUAACCACGGCACAGCUGCGGCUACUCUUCCACAUGGGACGACUGGAUCGUUUUCGGGCGGAGCAGGCGAAGCGACCAGAUGCAAACACGGGUCUCGGAGCAGGCGUGGAGGUUCCAUCCUAACGGAGUUAUGGCGUUGUAUGGGAUGCGGCAUUGAAAAUUGUUGCACGGCAGAGGCGUGGGCAACAGGGUGUUGUUGGGCUGAAUGAAUGCUUGCGCAAGGAUGCCGGUACGUGCAAACUACGGCUCGGGCCUAGGGGCACUGCUCUCUGUCAGCAGAUACGUCGAAUGCUACACUUGGUAGCAGUGGCUUUCACUGCGCAAAGAUGCUGGGUGCCUCAUACAAUACCACCCCGUGUCGUCUGCGUUACGACACUCGCUCAGCCAUGAGGCAUUGGCUAACACCGCAAGCUUCGGUGGCGUCGCUCAGACAAGGAGGGGCUAACUCCCUUCACACUGUUGUAAAGGAACAGAC